AUGGCCAAAAAUACACAAGACGCAUCUCUACUGGCGGACUACUUGCAGAACCCAGUAGCCCACGACAAUGAUACUAGAGAGCGAUUGAUAGUUGCUUGUCAAGAAGUGGUAGCCUCGUUGGAGACGCCUAUUGAGACCGCACGCAAGCUGGCCUUCCUCACACUUGAUCACGCGUUGGUUCGCUGCGCCGUUCAACUCAAUCUGUUUUCUAUUCUUAGUCAAGAGGAGCGCUCUUACAGUUCUCAGGAGUUGGCACUUGCUACAACCCCUCCAUCCAACGAUGUCUUGCUCUCUCGUCUUCUUCGUUACCUCGCAAGUCCAUUGAGACUCAUCGAAGAGAAGGGCAAUGGGUUCUGGAAAGGAACAGCUAGAGGAAGUUUGUUCGCACAAGAUGGCUUCAAAGCUGGUUGUUCUAUGUACUUUGAUUCGGGUGGGCCGGCGUUUCAAGCUUUCCCACGGUGGAUUUGCACUCAAGGAGAUGAAAAGGCCCAGUCAGCCUUUCAAUUAGCCCUUCCAAAUGAAGAUAGUUUCUUUAAGUGGCUUGAAAAGGAUGAACAUAAGCUUCAGUCCUUCCAUUGCUGGAUGGAAACCCUCUCAACGUACCAGUUCUGUGCCCAGGAUAUCAUCAAUAUACAGAGUUGGAUUCCCGGUACAUCAUCAGACAAUGAUGUGGUCUUUGUUGAUGUUGGUGGAGGUACUGGCGGUCAGUCAGUCAUAUUAGCUUCUAGGAGGGCAACUUUUCCAGGACGAAUCGUCAAUGAAGACGUUUCUCAUAUCCCCCCAGAGGCCGAGGCUGUCCUUAGAUCACACAAUAUUGAUCACAUUACCUACAACUUCUUUGACGAGCAGCCGAUCAAGGGAGCCUGUAUCUAUCAUUUCCGUCAAAUUUUCCACGAUUGGCCAGACGAAGAAUGUGCAAAGAUCCUCAGCCGGGCCAAAGAAGCCAUGACAGCAAGCUCAACUCUGCUGAUUGACGAAGUCGUCAUUCCGGAGAAAGGAGCGCAUUGGAUGGUUAUGCAGAGAGACCUGACUAUGAUGGCUCUCUUCAAUGCAGCAGAGCGGUCAGAAAUGCAGUGGCGUGCAUUACUCCAACAAGCAGGGCUACGCAUUGAAGAGAUACAAUGUUACGAUGAGAGAAUGGCAGCUUGCAUGAUUGUUGCAAAGUUAAUCUAA